UGGCUCUUGGCGAAUCGAUACGUAAACGGGAACAGCCAUAACGCGGUACCGACGCCAACGACUACUUUCAUACAUUGUACGGUAAAUGUUUGCUAGUUUUUUGUUCCGGUUGGUUCGGGUUGGUAUAACAUAUUCACGUGACGGGAUUCACGAGAGCCUGUUCGAGAUGACGCAACCGAGCGACGAAGACUGGAGAGUGUUCAACAUUCUUUGCGGCCAAAAAAUGGAUACCGAGGACACGAUAAACAACCACGAAAUGAUAUCAACGUUGAAAAGUGAAUUAGCUGCGUUGCAGUUCAAAAGAGAUCGACUCAUGUCUGAGUUACAAGAUACGAAAGGACAGUUACGGUCCAGGGAUCAAAGAACGGUAGAACUAGAAGCUGAAACAGAAAUGUUGAAAGAACAGCAAGUUCGACAGAAUUCUAUCAUUGCAAGUCUAAGAAAUAGAAUAAAGGAGUUAGAAGACCAAGAAAGAUCGCUAACUACUUCGUUAGGAAGAGCAGACAUGUCUUCCGAGUCGUUAGCAAGAGAAAAUCGCCACCAGGCAGAAAAAUGCUCUGAAUUAGAGCGAAGAAUCGAUCAAUUGGAAUUGAAUUGUACAAAAGCCGAAAAUGCGAGAGACUCAGCAAGAAGAUCAAUGGCAGAGUUCGUGAGUAGAGCUUCGGUGGCAUUGGGUUACGAAUCUUUGAAUUCAGAUUCCCCUGCCGCCGUCGAUGUGGUCUUAUCGAAAGCGUCAGAAAUGCACCAAGAAUUAAAUAGAUUACGACGUAAGAACAUUUCGGCCAAUGAAAAUUUGUCCUCAAUAGAAAUUGAACUGAGAAAUUGCAGAGAACAAUUAGAAAGAGCUUUAGUAGAUAAAGAAAAUCUUCAAAGACAAGCCGCUGGUCACAUUCUCGAAAUAGAUAAGUUGAAACAAGAAAAAGAACAUUUAGAAAUGCAACAAAGAGUUAUGGAACGCGAACUAUCCGAACUUAGAGAUAAGCUAAUGGCUACCAAUAGGAGUUUAGGUCUUGCUUCCAGUAACAUAGCCAGUCAAGAAGCCACUAUAUCCACCCUCCGAAACGAUCUGAGAGGGCAUGACGAGAGGUGCCAAAAAAUGCAGACCGAUAUGCAACACUUUCUGGAGUCUUUGGCCGUGUGCCUGACGUCAGCCGAUGGGUACGUUCAGUCCACCGAGUGCGGUGUCAAAGACGCGGUCAAGAAGCUCGUACACGAGUUGGGCAACAAGAACACAUUGCACCAGGAGUCCAAAGACAGGAUAAUAAAUUUGACGGACAAGAUCGAACGGUUGCAAAUCGAUCAGGACAGGAUGGCAACGGAAAAUCGCGUGUUAGCGGACGAAAAACGUAACUUGGAGGCUCGACUGAACCAUACAGAGAGUGAACUCAACGUGUGCGAGAUGACAAAAGAACAUUUACGUAACGAUAAAACUAUUUUCGUCACGUUUCUCGACAAAUUGUCAAGAGCAAUGCACAUGGACCAAAUAGCCAAAGACGUCGGCGUCGACUUACACACGGAAUCGCUACUGCUGCGUGCCGAACAGCUUGCCAAACUUGAAUACGAUAAGAACAUCGACAAGUUACUGCUCGGUUAUCCUACUUAUUCGCCACCGUUAUCCAGGCAUCGUUUAUAUUGCGAUUUUCCUUACAGAGAAAGCGCCCUAGUUUAUCAAUUACAAAGACGUGUACGUACGCUGAGAGAUCAGCUGCAAAGACGCGAUCUUCAUCUCGAUUUGUUACGCCGCAAAAUCAGCGUCCAAGAUGAAAGUACAAAAAUACGUUCGCUUUUGGAAACCGAAAGAGACGAAGCUAAUUUACGAGCGAAAAAAUUACAAAAACAAUUGGACAAAUCACAGCAACAGCUGACCGAGAGUAGAGCACAAAUCCGGGACUUGAAGCUUCAACUCUCUGAUGCCGGAGACUGUAAAUUGACUUCGUUGGAAAGAGCGAAGAAAAUUGAUGAUCUCGAGAAGCGUCUAGUUGAAUCAGAGAUGUUGCGAAUGCGUUUCUCGCGAAAAGUCACAGUGCUCAAAGAACAAUUAAAGUCGACUGCGGACUGCCAUAAUCAAGACAAAAACCUUAACGAGCACACCAUACGAGUGCUACAGGACGAUGUGUCGUCGUUGAAAUUUCAACUGAGCGAAGUGAAACGCCGAGAGUCUUCUCUCGAAGACCUACGUCGAACGGUGAUCAGUCUGCUAGGACUGGAUUCUUCAUGUACCGAUUAUGAGAUCACGUCAAAAAUCACCAAAUUGGUAGCUGCCCACCGAGAAUUUUCUAUUCUGUCGAAAAGGUACGACGACCCGUUACCGUCGUACGUUCACCAUGUGCCACCACCCUCCGAGUCAUCGGAUCCGACAACCGUGGACGACUUUGAAAUCCUGAACAACGCGUAUAAUAAACGGCCACACAGGAAGACAUAAACGAUCAUCAACAACUCGAACUAAAAGUUCCAUAAUAUGCAACAUAAUAUAAAGAACGAAGAUCGUGAAAUUUUUCGUUCGCACAUUGCAUACGCCUAUGUACAUAAAUCGUAUAAUCAUUUUCGAUAUAAUAUGCACUCGUUACACGUCCUAUGCGCUCCCAGGUACAUAUCGAAUGUACAUGUAACAUAUACAUAUAUUGUUAUUGUACAUACGACAUUUGAUAUUAUUAUUAUAAUACGCGUCCGGUUCGAUUGUCUAUACACGAUGACGGCCACGCAUGUUAUACUUCCGAAACCGUGAUCCGUCGACGCCUCCUUAAUUUAAAUCUAUCGUACCCGAACUCCCGGUCACUUCCCGCCGUUCGUGUUAUCGUUGUUCGUAUGAUUUAAAUUGUCUUGUAAACCGGAUGGAUUACGCUUUAUAUUUUUGACCGUUUAAUAUUAAAUAUUAUAUACAUACAGGUA